AUGAAAUUUAUUAAAAUAUUAUUAUUUGUCUUAGUAGUAUCUUAUUUUAAUUAUAACAAUGAUAAAGUUUUAUCAUUCAUUUUAAAUUCUUCAUCAUCUUCACCACCACAAGAUUUUAUAUUAUCAAUUUCAACAUUUGGACCUGUGGGCGAAGAAAAUUUAAAACAAAUUUUAUUAAUUAACCCAUGGACAAAUUCUACAAAUAAAUUAAUUUCAAAUUCAACAAUUAAUAUUCAAUAUGAUAUUCUUGAUAUUUUAUUUGUUGAUUUUACUCAAAAUACUGUAGUUUUAUUAUGUGAAAAUGAAAUAAAUGAAUAUUUAUUAAUAUCAUUAGAAAAUAUUAAUAGUGAAACACCAACUAUAUCAUCAAUAAGUUCAAUAAAGAGUAAUAUAGAUGAAAAUGAAUUUUCAUAUACAUUACAAAAAUACAUAUUUAAUUAUAAAAUUGGUUAUUUACCAAUUGAAUUAAAAUCAAAUCAAACUUUUUAUAUAAUGGAAUUAAAUUUUCCAAAUGGUGAAGUUAAUUUCAUUGAUUUGGAAACACCAAAUAUUGAUAUUGAAAUCAAUCAACAACAAUUAAUUCAAGGAUUUGAUUAUACAAAUAAAAUAAUGUACAUUUCUUAUAAAACUAAUAAUAAUGAAUUUAAUUUAAUAUCAUAUAAUCCAAUUAAUGCAACGAAUACACAAAGAGUUUAUCAAACAAUUACAAAUAUUGAAACAGAGGUUAAUAUGAUAUUUACAGAUAGUUUAAAUCGUGGUGAUAUUUAUAUGAUAACGCCAGAUUCUGUUAGUUUAAAUUUAACAAUUUGUAAAUUAAAUUUUAAAACAUCAACUUGUGAUCAAAUUCUUAUCACAUCAUUAAACAUUGAAAUUGUUAAUAGUGAAUAUCACUUUUUACCAUACUUUUUAAACCAAGAUAAAUCAUCAUUGAUUUUAUUAUCAAUUGUUGAUAAUGGUAAUCUAAAUAUUGAAAUCUUUGAUAUUAAUAAUAAUUUUACAAGUAUUAAUAUUAUUAUUCAAUCAGGUCAAUGGUCAAAUUCUAAAGAUUUAAUUUGGUCUAAAUUUGCAUUUUAA